CGUUCGGUGGUGAGAAGGUCUCUUGCGUUUCCCGUGAUUUCCUAAGUGAAAUCCCGCGCGCGUGUCGUUUUUAAUCGUGUCCAGUGGUGUAAUAUGAUCGUGUAACUCACCGUCUGCGACGACACGUGAUCAGGAAGCAUCGUAUCUCGGGUACAGACGGUAAAGAUGGGUAAAACGUUCUGCCAGGCUUGCAAGAAGAAGUGCAGCGGGGAGGUGCUACGAGUGCAGGACAAGUAUUUCCACAUAGGGUGUUUCAAGUGUGCUCAGUGCAACGCGAGUUUAGCGCAAGGCGGCUUUUUCGCUCGCGAGGGCUCUUACUACUGCACCAAGGACUACAGGGAACGCUGGGGCACCAAGUGCGCCGGCUGCGGGGAGUACGUGGAGGGCGAUGUGGUCACCGCGGGCGAGAAGCACGCGUUCCAUCCGAACUGCUUUCACUGUCAGAGAUGCAGGCAACCUCUGUUGGGUCAAGGGACAAAAGUGUCCCUUGUGCAAGGUCAAGCUCUAUGCCAUCGAUGCGUCGGAAUCCCGGUUCGAGAGGCCUCGACGCCGGUCGGCAAUAACACCGCGACUAGAGGAGCCGGAGACGGGCCCUCCGACCCCGGUGCCUGCGCCGGUUGCGGUAACCAAUUACGGGAAGGUCAGGCCCUGGUCGCUCUCGAUCGGCAAUGGCACGUCUGGUGCUUCAAGUGCCACAGCUGCGACACCGUGCUGCACGGCGAGUACAUGGGAAAAGAUGGGGUGCCUUACUGCGAGAAAGAUUAUCAAAAACAGUUCGGCGUGAAGUGCGCAUACUGCAACCGUUACAUAAGCGGCAAAGUUUUGCAAGCGGGCGACAAUCAUCACUUUCACCCUACCUGCGCCAGAUGCACCAAGUGCGGCGAUCCGUUCGGUGACGGUGAGGAGAUGUACUUGCAGGGCGCCGCGAUAUGGCACCCCCGUUGCGGUCCAGGGCCCAGCGGGCCAAAUGGUAUCGUGAACGGCCACAGCGAGGCUCACACUCCUCAGCAUCGGGAGUCCGAACGAAUCUCCAGCAGUGCCUCGGAGAUGCAGUUUUCAUUGCGGUCACGCACGCCAAGCCUGAACGGAUCACUCUGCAGCCCUUACAGCAGCCUCAGUCGCAAGUAUUACCCCGCGCGAACCGGCAGUCCUGGGCUGAUGUUACGAGAAUACGGACGGGGUGCAUCCGAGGAUGUGUCUAGGAUUUACACUUACUCGUACUUGACCGAGACGCCCAGCCAAGGAUAUCUGAGACGUCCGAUACAGCCGUACGACAAACCGCCGACUAGCCCACACUUUCACAGGCCCAGCUCCUCUCGUUCGAUAAGAAGCAGCGGUGGACGCAGCAGCCGGUCUGGAAUGCGAGCACUGGUCGAUGCUCUCAGCGAGCCCAGACCGAAGUCGCCGGCCAGUCAAGUAGAUAAUGACGAGCCAAUAGAGCUCGCGCAUUAUCCAGACGCGAUGAAACCACCACCUGGAUCCAAGCCACCCAUCGAGAGAGACGAUUUCCCUGCUCCUCCUUAUCCUUACACAGAUCCUGAGAGACGUAGACGAUGGUCGGACACAUACAAGGGAGUACCUGCAUCAGACGACGAGGACGAAGUCGACAACAAGACGUAUAUAAAGGAGGUGGAGGAGAAACUAAAGAAGGAACACGACGAGCUGAGUAAAAUCGACACUGGCAUAGCGAAGGUGUUCUUGCAAGACCGUGAAAAGGAUCGGGAGAACUUGAGACACAAGGCAGCUAAUGUGGAUCCUAGGAACGCCUCGAGGACACCGUCCGCCGCCAGAGAACCGACCUAUAGACUUCGAUACGAGAGCCCUGUUGGUGCAUCUCCAUCGAGAAACAUAGAUCACGCCAGGCCCUGGGAAGACGACGACGGUUUGAGCUACCGAUCCAGCGGGCCGAGUUACAACGUUGGGAGGUCAUCGGCACGUUCCCCGGCUCCCAGAAACUAUCCACCCCUUGGUACUCAACGCGCCUUCACUCUUCCAAACGCCGCUAGGCACUAUCAUUCGGGUGAUUAUUCGUUCAGUGGGAUGGGAGACAAGACGCACAGCACUGAUUUCUCAUCUGGCAAGUCAGAUAUAUCGACAGGCAGCAUCACGGAUGUGGAUCGGCGGGCACUGGUAUGUACCACAGCCCCAUACUACUCCCGGCGAAUUAGCAUGAAUGAUGGUGGAAUGCUUCCAUCGUCCACCACGUAUACAGGUGGGCUGGGUUCGGUGGUCGGAAGUCACGGGGGCCAUCAUGUGAGGAGAUCGUUGCCGGACAUGGGUACUACGCCGUCCGAACCACCGAAACUCUAUCCGUACCACUUACUUGUCAUCACUAACUAUAGGCUGCCCGCCGACGUGGAUCGUUGCAACCUUGAGCGACACCUUUCGGACGCGGAAUUCGAGGCAGUUCUUCAGUGCGGCCGCACGGAAUUCUACAGACUACCCCAGUGGCGUCGUAACGAAAUCAAAAGACGCGCCCGACUGUUUUAACCAGCAGCAGCGUUCACAUUAUGCGUUCUACUUAUUACCUUCACCGUGUCACGACUGUGUUACCGUGGUACUGAGUGUACAUUCCUUCAGCUGUUGGCCAGCCGUAUCGCGAGAGAAAACCCGUGUUCACUGUACCCGUAUCGUCGACAGCAUUGCGAGCCGCGGUAAAGAUCGGACAAUCUUUGGAUAACGUGUUCAUCGACACGCAGGGUUACACGCGUGAUUGAUUCACACACAAAACAGACACAUGUAUACACAUACGCAAAUACGUAUUACACAAAGAAGGAGACACACAUACACAAAGCACUGCCAUUUGUCGUCAAUUUUCAAAUGUUCUCUCAGCAACGAAUCCACAGGCAGCUUCGACUAAACUUCGACUUAUCUUCGACUUGAGAAUUAUUAUGAUCGUCCCCCCUGUGCGACUUCGGUGUGCUCCUUUUUCCGGGAGGAUUUUCUUUGAUGUUCGUUACGGUCGUUAAUGCCUGUUUCUGUGAUCCAAGCGGAAUCUAUGACUGCUGAAACCGAACCACGAGAGAAUAGCGAAAAAGAAGAGAAACAGUAGAGGAUGGUUCGAUGGAGAUUACCCGAUGAUAUACAGAGUCUUGACUUAUUUGAUUAUUGUUGACGGGGAAGUGGUGUUUUCCGAUUAUAGUCGGCGGAUAGUUCUAAGGAAGAAGAGAUAUAUUGUACGUAAAAGUCGACGCAUGUCGGCGAAAGGGUGACCCAGGGCGAGUUUCUUUCCUGUAUCUAGCAUGUAGUACGGAAUUUUUCAUUGACCAUGGAUUUUCAACGUCGCGCGAGGAUGAACGGUACAUGGGUAUAAUUAUUUAGGGUAGUAACUGAACCGUGAGCGAACGCGCUACUACGUGCCGAGAUUUUAAUCGUUUCGCCAAGACGAUUGGAGCGUGACGAUCACUUGGAGUUUACUCUCGUACGUCGACGAAUAUAGCACACACAAAACACUCAUACACACACAAAAGGGAGGUAUGAAUAUACUACCACCACGAAUGCAAAUAGUAGGGGCCGGGCAAUGAGAUGGUAAUAUUCGUAAUGCACACGUGCGUUAUUGUAAAUAAACCGACGGAUCGCAUAAAGAUGAAAGAAGCAACCGAAGUACGGAUGAAAGGUAUAUAAAUAUAUAUAUAUAUAUAUAUGUAUACAUACGUAUUAUACGUACCGUUUUUGAGAAUUCGCUUGAACCACAGACACACUUACUAUUUGCAAAGGGUUAUAAACACGAAAGCGCUACUAUUAUAAGAGCUAUCAUUAUUAUUAUUAAUUUUUAACUAUUAUUAUUAUUAUAUUUUACUAUAAGCAACAUGAGAAGUUUACGAUAUAAGUAGAUAAGAAAGGCCAGCUUGCCGGGUGACGUGAUUAUAUAUAUGGACGAUUUUGCAUGUUGUUCCUCUAUUUUAUCAAAUGUUAAUGAAUUAUACGGACUGUUUUGUACUUGGUGGUGCAGGAUGAAUAAAAAAAUGAUCGAAAAUAUAGAAUACUCUAAUUCUCGAGAACAAAGCUUUCUCAGGAACAAAACUGGUACAUCGUUGAUUCAUUCUUGACCAACGAACCACUCCCUUCUUUAUCAUUGCACCACAAGUUCCAGAAACAGUCCGUAUAACACUAUCUUCUUAUCUAUCUAUCUGACCUGCGUAUUGACUAGACGAAAUCGCUCUGCAGUGCGGGCGAGAGUUCUUCGAUAACAGAAGAUGAGAGAACUUCGGAAUAAUCGUUGAAAACAUAUACAGUAUACACGCGUGGAUAACUCUGGAUAAACAGAAUAGACAUUAAAAUGAAAAGCAGUUGUGUACAACUAAUUUACACACACACACACACGAAAA